AUGGAAAAGGACGAUAGCGGCGACGAUGGCGACAGCGACAAACCUAAUUCGGGCCCAGACACAGCAGCUUUGAAAGACACGGAUGUGGGCGAUGAGAGGAAGAAAAUCGGUGAAAUUAUUAUCGAAAUCAUAGCACUGAACGCCUUUCCAAACGUUUCUCAUUUCGAAACUAAGAAAAUAGUUUGCGUUGCCGCCUAUGACAAACAUCAACGAGAAACGGCGUGGGCCUACAUGGAUGGACAAUCCAAAGUCAUAUGGGAAGAACAAAUCAGAUUCCCCGUGUACGACUCCGUGUACAACUUACUGGAAUCCCGCGUGUAUAAAUCCGUGCACGACUUGCCUCAGUACAGGCGCCUGGACAUCUCGAUUGUCGAUAGGGCAUAUGGAGGAAGGAAUGUGAUGGGGAAGUUUUCUGCCAAUAUGAUCAUGCUUAUCAGAGAGAGAGAAAAGAAUGUGUCUUCGAUAAUUGGCAGCUUCUUUGAAAACCUCGGAACUCUUGAGUAUGAAGUCGCAUUUUAUCCUACCGAAGCCGAGCAAGAAACUGCGGCUGUGCCGCUACCGGAAGAAGACGGCAAGAUGACUGCAGGCGGGAGUGCAAGCGACGGCAACAACAAGCUUCCCUCCGAUGGAAGCAUCCCCUUGGGUGGCGUGCUAAACCCUGGCGAGGACGUGAUAGACUCUGACGAGGACGUGAUAAACCUUGGGGAGAUAAUCGGCACACUGACUUUUAGCGUCAAAAGACUCCAGUCACCAGCCUUGAAUGGAGCCGAGUGGAAUGAGAAGCUGAGUUACCGCGCGAUCUGGGGCAAAGACUUGAGGAAAUCAAAGGCAGCCGGCUUGGAAGGAUCGGCGGUGGUAUGGGAUGAGCAGUUUGAGUUUCCCUUCUAUGACUGGGCAGUAAUUCCACCGCUGCUGGUGAUGAUUUUCGGUCAUAAUCCCCACGAUCAUUUGACGGGGUUUGGUAGUGCGACGGUCGACGUGCGCAGAUUCAUCGUCGCGGGGGGGAGCCGAACCAAAGCCACGAUCCCAAUCAAUGGUAGUAAACAUCCCGGCAAGCUUGAAUGCGAAUUUGUAUUUAUCGACAGUCGACCCGAAGCAGCCGGAACGCAACCUUUACCGCCAGUGCCAGACGUCGAGGACCAUGCCCAUGGUAGCGAAGACGGCGGCAGCGAAGCGCCUGCUUCCGCCGGCCUCGCCCCAGACGCCGUCUUGAAUGACUCUGAGUUCGGCGUCGAGAUUGGUACAAUAAGCCUUAUAGUCAUCAAGGUCAAGAACCUGCCAGCUAAUAUAGCGAGCGAGGGGGCGAAGGAUCUAAUAUUCGCUAUUAGUCUGGGCAGCCAAAGGAGAUUCUUGAUGGCAAGAAUGGACUCUCUCGAUGACCAGAGAUCGGCAGUUUGGAACCAGGUGUUAAGAAGCAGAAGAAGUGCGGGGAUCAUCGGACGAGCGUCGAUUGACCUGGACGACAUUGUGGUGGAGGGCGGUAGCGAAAGGGAAAACUGGUACCGAUUCGGCAGACGUGGCAUGUCGCUCCACUACAGAAUCAUCUAUCACAGCCCGCCGAUAAGGAUGGAAUACGGGGGCGGCGGCUCCCCAAAAGCGUUAUUGACCCGGGUGGCCGGGCUGCAUAUUGUCAAGGACCCACAGUUAUGUUUCUAUUUCGGCUUUUGCGUCCCUUUCGGAUCUUACCUCGGUCUCAGCUUCUGA